CUGAACAAUGUCAUUCUUCCCAUCUUUAAAAAUAUUUCAUGUUCUUGGCAUUUGAGAGAUGGCAACACCCCUGCCCAAUCUCUAAGGGAUUUUUCUUCUAACUUAAAUGAAACUAGCCCUAUUCCUAUCCUUUCAGACAAACUAGAAUCUGGACACUGCUGAAGAAAUUUCCAAGAAGGAUCGUCCAUAAUUGUAGAGAUAAUGAGUGAAUACAAGACAAUUGUUCUUCAACAAGGAUUAGAGGAUGUGGCUGUGGAUGACUACCAGUUUAAGAAAAUCAAGUCCUUACUAAGAAAAGAACUAAAUCUAACAAAAAAGAUGCAAGAUGAUUAUGACAGAAUUCAAAUGGCUGACCUGUUGGAGGACACAUUCCCAGAAGAUGCUGGACUGGACAAACUGAUAGAAGUGUGUCAAAGCAUUAAAGGACUUGAAGACCUUGCUCAAAGGCUUAAAACAGAGAAGGCAAAAGUUAAGAAGCAAAAGAAAGGAAAAAACAAAACUGCAGUGAAAAAAAGAAAGCAAGAAGAACCCAGUAGUUCCCAGUCUCUUUCCACCGAUAAUGAAUCAGACAAGAGCAAACCCUCUGCACAGAAAAAGAGAAAACAAACCACGAAAACUGAAGGUGGCAAGAAAAUGAAGCUUACCCAGGAGCAGACUCAGUUUCUAGAGCCUUCAGGAAGCAACACACAAAAAGAUGAAUGCUAUCUCCAGACUCCUCAUAAGCCUCCACCAACACCAUCCAGCAGUUCCUCAAACAAGGCAGAGUCCAGAAGUGUGUGUACAACUCAAGGGCCUCAAGGAGUAUCAUAUGGUACUGGACAGUCUCUUCCCUGUCCUAGAGUAAAAGCAUCAAGGAGGGUCUAUGCUCUUCAGAUGCCUUCAGCAACAGCAUCAGAAAGUCUCCUGGCUCCAUGUGGACCUCUACCAACAGCGUCCAGCAGUCUCCUGGAUCCACGGGUGUCCCCAGCAAUGGCAUUCAGUGCUCUCCAGGCUCCUCUGGUGCCUCCACCAACAGCAAUCAGCAGUACUUCAUGGACACUAAAGAAGGGAAACUUACCAAAGGAGCCUUCUAAGGUAGAAGGUCACCAUCGAGAUCCCAUAGAAGUGAUGGUGUUGAAAGUAACAGAACCAUUUACUUAUGAUUUGAUUGAUGACAAAAGGAUGUUCCAUGCCACAGUGGCUACUGAGACUGAAUUCUUCAGAGUGAAGGUUUUUGACACAGACCUAAAGAACAAGUUCAUCCCACAAAAGAUCAUUGCCAUAUCAGAUUAUUUUGGCGUCAGUGGAUUUCUGGAGAUAUAUAGAGCCUCCUGUGUGUCUGAUGUGAAUGUUAACCGAACAAUGGUCAUCUCAAAUACACUGAGGAGAAGAGCCAAUGGAACUCCUAAAAUUAAGGAUCUUUUCUCUCAAAUAAAAGGGACACAUGUGAAUGGAGAGUUUGUGGUAACUAUGAAAAAUGAAAGGGGUAACUUCAUUUACUAUGGGAUUGAAGAUGAUACUGGGAAAAUGGAAGUGGUGGUCUAUGGACGACUAACCAGUAUCAAGUGUGAGCCAGGCAAUAAACUUCGACUUGUCUGCUUUCAAUUGACCUCAAGAGAAGAUACAUGGCAGCUUAAGUCUGUAAGGCACAGUUACAUGCAGGUUAUCAGUGCCAAAGGAGAGGCACUCAAUCCUGAUUCAGUUAUGAAAACCUGUCUAGAACAAUACUUCUGAUAAUCUGGAUGCCAAGGAUACUAUUUACGGAGAUAAGAUCCAAGUCCAGAAAUUAAAUGUAUAUAUGACCUGUUGAAAUACCAUACCUAUGAAAGCCAGCUUUUGUUUGUUUGUUUGUUUGUUUGCUUGCUUGCUUGCUUGCUUUUUCAAGAGGGGAUUUCUCUGUUUAGUCCUUGCUAUCCUGGAAAUCACUUUGUAGACCAAGCUGUCCUGGAACUUAGAGAUUUGCCUGCCUCUGCCUUCCAAGUGCUGGGAUGAAAGGCGUGUGCCACCACCGCCCUGCCUGCUAUUAUAUCUAGGAAAUGGUGCUUUCUUAUGUUCUUUAUACAUUUUUGUAUUAUCUAAAUUCCAUAUUUUGUAUCUAAACUUCUAUAAC